UCGCGUCCUGUCCCGUCGUGUCGCCCCCCGCUGCGUCGCGUCGCGUCCCUGCCCGUCCGUCGCGCCCCCGCUGCGCCCUGCCCGUCCGUCGCGCCCCGUGCGCCCGUCCCGUCCUGUGCGCCCGUCCCGUCCCGCGCGUCCCGUCCCGUCCCGUGCGCCCGUCCCGUCCCGCGCGUCCCGUCCUGUCCCGCGCGUCCCGUCCCAUCCCGCGCGUCCCGUGCGUCCCGCGCGCCCCGUCCCGUCCCGCGCGUCCCGUGCGUCCCGCGCGUCCCGUCCCGUCCCGCGCGUCCCGCUCGUCCCGUGCGUCCCGUCCUAA